AUGUCAAGUUCUACUGCCACGGCUAGGACAGACUGGCUGAAUUCCAUAGGCAAUAGGUUAGGUAUACCUAGAAGUAAUCGUUUUAGGGGCAGAUGGAAAUUAAUAAGUAGAAGGAAUUUUGCUGUUAAUAGAACUGUUGCUACUGGUACUUCGAUUAUGACUCCUUCUGUAGUUGCUGAAUCUUCUCUAGGCUUGCAGCAAUUACCAUUUAAAUCAGAGGGGUACAACUAUUGGAAAUGGCGAGGCAACAGAAUUCAUUAUGUCGUGGAAGGGGAAGGGUUUCCAAUAGUUUUGAUCCAUGGAUUUGCUUCUUCUUCUUUUCAUUGGAGGUAUAACAUACCAGAACUGGCUAAAAGAUACAAGGUUUAUGCUCUGGAUUUGCUAGGAUUUGGCUGGAGUGAAAAGCCACUAAUAGACUAUGAUGCCUUGAUUUGGAGAGAUCAGGUUGUCGACUUCUUAAAUGAGAUAGUUAAACAACCCGCUGUUUUAGUUGGAAACAGUCUUGGAGGGUUUACUACUUUGUUAGCAGCAGCAGCACUACCAGAUCAAGUCAGGGGAGUUUCCUUAUUAAAUAGUGCAGGACGAUUUGGGGAUGACAUUAGUACAACCGACAAAACUGAAGAGACAGCCUUACAUAAGUUCAUUGUAAAGCCAGUGGAGGAAAUCUUUCAACGUGUUGUUGUCAGAUCGGCUUUCUGGAUAACAAUGCGACCAGAUCAAAUUGAAGCUGUACUGAAGAGUGGUGUCUACAGAAAUCAUUCAAAUGUGGAUGAUUACCUCAUCAAUUCAAUUUUAAGGCCUGCAGCUGACCCAAAUGCCUAUGAAGUUUAUUACCGACUACUAAAACAACUCAUGUCAAACCCAACAAAGUAUACACUUGACAGUGUUUUGAGCCAACUCUCUUGCCCAUUGUUGUUGUUGUGGGGGGACCUAGACCCUUGGGUUCAUGAUCGUGCAAAGCCAAAUCAAAUUAAGGAUUUCUACCCGAACACAUCCCUUGUAAACUUGCAGGCAGGGCAUUACCCCCAGGAUGAAGUUCCAGAACAAGUGAAUAAAGCUUUAUUAGAUUGGUUAUCAACCUUGGCAUCAGAAAUUUAG